AUGUCAAUAACAACCAAGCUGGUUGAGCUCCACAAAUCACAGGCAGACAACCUCUCCCAGCAGCCUGGGAACGUCUUCCCACUGCUUUUAACGACCGCCUGGGGCGCCUCCAGGGUCAUGACCUAUAGCACCAGAGCCCAUCAGCUUGCUACUACUUGGAUUACUCAUCGAGUAGGGGACUCGAACCCUCAGUCACAAAAUAAUGAACUUUCUGUUCUAAAGUGUAAAGCUUUGAAGGAUGUGGAUUUAAUUAAAACUUCAGAGUUCAAGUGCUUCUGUUACCAUCAAAAUUCAUACCUGGAGUGGAAGUACAUUUGGUCUACUCUGCAGGUGGAAAUUACCAGUUCAGGUCUGUUCAAUAUUGUAUAUAUCACAGAAAGCCGCAAUUGCUUAAAUCCGGAGUCCUUUCUCUCUGUUAUCAAAUGUAUCAUUCAUAAAUUUUGGAUGCCAAAGGAAUCUAGAAAAAAAACAAUGACUAUUAGUCCAUAUGGGGAGACCAUGUGCUUCUCCGUGACUCCUGUCAGGAGGGAAUUUCACUAUAUCGUCAGUGUGAAUCGGAACAUUAUGGAUUUUAGACUCUUCCUUAUGUUUGUGGCAGGCAUUUUCAUCUUCUUUUAUGCGAAAACUUUGAGUCAAAGCCGCAUUUUCUACUACACUUUGGGGACUCUGCUUGGUAUUCAUAUGACAUUGGUCUUUCUCCUGCUGCUGUUGAGGAGAUUCAUACCUAAGUAUAGCUCCUUUGUGGCUCUAAUGAUUGGUUGUUGGUUUGCCUCAGUGUAUAUUGGGAGCCAGUUGAUGGAAGAUCCGAAGGUGCUGUCUAAUGAACACAAAGUAUAUUCCUUAGGCUAUAUCUUCAUUGUUGGAUCUCUCAGCUUUGCUGUUUGCUACAGACACGGGCCUCUGGUAGAUCCGAGGAGCAUAACUCUUCUGACGUGGACGCUGCAGCUCCUCUCCCUGCUUCUGGUCUACUGGGGAGUCUCCGCAAGCCUGUUCGCCUUCACAACAGUCGGCCUCUUGCUGGCAUCCAAAGGCCUGCACUACCCAUGGAAGGCCUUCAGUCACCUGAGGAGGAAAAUGAAGCAAUGGCUAGCAAACAGGAAGCCACAGGUGAAGUUGCUGACCGAAGAGGAGUACCGGGAGCAGGCAGAUGCUGAGACCAGCCGUGCCCUGGAGGAGCUGCGCAGAGCCUGUCGAGGACCCGACUUCCCUUCCUGGCUGGUAGUAUCCAGGCUCCAGGCCCCAAAGCAGUUUGCAGACUUUGUUAUGGGAGGAAACCACUUGUCCCAUGAAGAGAUGAGUCUCCACGAAGAGCAGUAUGGCCUUGGGGGCGCCUUCUUAGAGGACCAGCUCUUUAACCUGCAGACUGACUGCCUGGCAGCUAAUAUGAGCCAAACUUCAUCCUCGACCAGGGAGAUGGUGGACAGCAGGGACUGCUAUAAGCGGAUAGAAGUGUUCUAG